AUGAUGUUGGCAGUCAGAUACAUAAUAGAACUUGAAAAUUUUAGGUUGAUGAUUUAAAAACCAACUCAUAAUAUUGCACUAUUAAUUUAAAUAAUCAUAAAAUGUAUUAAUAAUAAUAAUAAUUUUAGUAGAAAUGUAAUUUGAAUAGUUAUUAUAGAGUAAAAUAGAAUGUUAAAUGAAAGAAAUGGAGAAAGAGUUAGAUGUAUUUAUGAUAAUUAUUUUAGUAAUCGUUUGAUAAAAUAAAUAAUUUGAUUGAUUUAGUAUUGAUUAUAGAUAAUCCAAUUAAAGCAAUUACUAAUCUAAAAUCAUAAUCAUCAUUACCAAAACUAAAUGAAUUUCCUUUUAUUCAUUAAUCUAAGUUUUAAUCAAACAUCCUUUAAGAAUUCCCACCUUUAAUCAAAUCAUAAUUAUAAUUUAAAUAGCAUCAUAAUAUUCAAUCUCAAUCUUCAUUUAAUCUAAAAUCAUUUAAGUAUAUUUAACAUAAUUCCAUUAAAUAGUAGAAUAAUUGUUAUUCUUUUGCUUUUAAUAAAUUUUGUUAAAUUAUUGCAGUUGGAUUGAAUUAAAAAUAAUAAUAUAUGAAUUCAAAUAAGAAGUGUUUAAAUAAAUUCAAAUAUUAGAUCAACUACUAGGAAAUUUGUAUACAUUAAAUUUUAUGAAAAAAUCUAAUUAGUUGAUAUCUGGAGAUCAUUAAGGCAAUAUUUCAAUUUAGUCAAUUAAUAACAACUAUUUAUGGGUUUGCUCAUAAACAAUUAAAUGGCACAAUUCUAAUAUUAGAUGUUUAAUUGUGAAUAAAAAUGAAGAUCUGUUUAUAUCAGGCAGUGGUGAUAACACUAUUAAGUUUUAGGUUAAGCAAAAUGAAUGGAUCUGUUCAUAAACAAUCACAGAUCAUCAAAGUUAUGUUUAUUCUUUAAGUUUAAAUGACUAAUAAAAUUAAUUUAUUUCUUGUGGAUAUGAUAAAUUAAUCUUAAUAAUUGAGUAUUCAGAAUAAAAUAGAAAUUGGAUUCCAAUUUAAAAAAUUAAUGUUGAUUGUUAUGGAAUUCGAUUAUGCUUUAUCAACAAUACUCUAUUCACAUUUUAACCUACAUGGAAUAAUUCAAUGCAUGUUUAUGAGAUGAAUAGUUUAAGUAAAUAUUUCACUAAAACUAAAGAUAUUAUUGUUAAUCAAGGUAAUGAUGAUACUAUAUUUUUUCCAUAAUAAUAUAUUAAAUAAAAAUAAUUAUUAUUGAAUAAGCAUGAUAUAUAUAUCAAUAUUAUAAGAAUAAAACAAACUGGACAGUUUAAACUUGAGUAAUCUAUUCAAUUUGGAAACUAUCGUAUAUUUGGAUCAUUAAGUGAUGAUGGAGACUAUUUGAUAACUUGGGAUGAGAUAUCAAAAGAAAUUUAAAUUAGAAAAUACACAGAACAAUGA